UUUGAAUCACUCUCUCCCUCUCACAGUUCGCUUCGCAUUUACCGAUGUCGUCGCCUCAACACGAAAAUUAUGAAGCUGAGCCUUGCUUCAUUCUCGCCAGCCUCGGCGACACCGAAGACCUUGAGAGAUACGAAGUAGGGGGCUUCCAUCCCGUUCAUCUGGGCGACGUCUACGACGGACGCUAUCGGGUUGUGCACAAGCUCAGCGCUGGCGGCUUCUCUACUGUCUGGCUAACUCGGGACAACAGAGAGCAUAGUUGGGUAGCACUGAAAAUUAUUGCCGCUGGUACCUCGAAGUGUAUUCUUGCGAAACGCGAGUUGAGCCGCUAUACUGCCUCACAGUAUACAAGUGAUACUGUAUCCCUCUUUCUCGUCAAACAUCGGAAUUUUACCCUUGAUGGGCUAAACGGUCGCCAUCUAUACCUCGUUAUCCCCAUCUUAGGCCCACCCAUGUCUCGACUAUCGGAUGGCCUUUUAUCUAGGAUCAGACCAUGGCUAUCUCGUAGAACUAGCUACUAAGCUACAAGGGCCCUACCUGAUCUGUAUGCGCAAGGUCUGUGCCACGGAGACGUUAUAACGGCUAAUAUCCUCCUCGGUCUACCGGGUAUCGAUCGUUAUACCGAGAGCGAUAUUUACCGCCUGUUUGGUAAACCUGAGAUUAAAUCGCUCAAAACCGAGUUUGGAGAGAUGAUAGGUCCAGGUGCCCCUCGUAAUAUCGUAAAGGCGCUCGAUUUUCUCUCUUCUCAAAAGAAUUUAGUCAAUAAAGAUAUCAGACUAGCCGACUUUAACCAGUCCUUCCCGGCUUUAUUACCUCCAGAAAAUAUACUAGGUACCCCAGUUGAAUUUUUGGCACCGGAGGUGGCGGUAGGCUUACAAGCUAGUCCUGGAAGCGAUAUUCGGG